AUGGUAAACUGUGAAGAGUGCAUCCACGAUUUCAACCGGCACCACACCAAGAAGCCAAAGGAGGGCACCUUCACCAGAGCCAAGCGGACCUCCCCAAACAAUGGCCAGAAGCAGAUCUCUAGAUCCACCAACAGAAGUUUCUCCAAGGCCGCCGCCAAGGCCCUAAUGGUGGGCAAGGAGCACGAGGCCAAGAGCAGCCUGCUGUUUACCACCAGGCAGAAGUUCCAUAAGAGUCCAGCGUGUGGCCUGGCCACCUACAAGAACUUGGACGUUGCUCGGUCGGGCAACAGUAUUCCCGUGCCAAAGAGCCCCAAAGAGAGUGUCACUGUGCUGGACGGCUUUCAUGAUGAGAGCCCCAAGAUGCCGGAUCCUGUGAAGCAGGGGCCGGAGGACCCAGCAACCCCAGAGCACGAGACCCCUGCAGAUGUCAGUUAUGACCGCGAAUGCUCGAAGAGGAAGUUUGUCAAGGACAGGCGAGACCAGCCCUUUGCCAAGCGGCUGCACUUCAGCGUGCGGCAGAGGGAGAGUGCCUACAGGUACUGGGACAUCAUGGUCCAGAAGCAGGACGGCUUCACCCACAUCCUGCUGUCCACCAAGUUGUCCGAGAACAACUCGCUGAAUCUAGAAGUGAUGAAGGAGCUGCAGAGCGCGCUGAGCAUGGCUGACACUGAUGACAGCAAGCUGGUGCUGCUUAGUGCCAUGGGCAGCAUCUUCUGCUGUGGCCUGGACAUGCUUUACUUCCGCAGGAGGGAGAGCACCAGGAUGGCCGAGGCCAUCAGAAACUUCGUGAACACCUUCAUCCAGUUCAAGAAGCCUAUUAUCAUAGCUGUGAAUCACCCGGGCAUUGAGCGAGGAGCAUCCAUCCUGGCUCUCAGAGAUGUGGUCUGGGCUAAUGAAAAGGCAUGUUGUUUCCAGACACCCUAUAGCACCUUUGGACAGAGUCUGGGUGGCUGUUCCACCAUCAUGUUCCCCAAGUUUAUGGGAGGAGUAUCUGCCAAGGAAAUGCUGCUCAGAGGAUGGAAGCUAACAGCACAGGAGACAUGCAACAAAGGGCUGGUCUCACAGGUGUUCUGGCCUGGGACCUUCAGCUAG